GCAGCGGCUCUCAGAGGAAGGAGGAGAAGAAGAAGAGGAGGAGGAGGAGGAGGAGGUGAAGAGGAUGAGAAGUCAGUCGCUCUGUGUCGCAUCUCCUGCAGAAAACUUUCCUCAGCUGUAUUUCUUUUUUCCAAUUUUUCGUUCUUGACGUCGAGCUGCAACAACCUGACACUUUUGGUCUUGUUUGCAUGUCGUGAAAAAUUAAUUCAUUGUAAAAAAAAGAAAAGAAAGAAAGAAGAAGGCGAUUCAUACUCGUGGAAGAUGCUCCGCUGGACGUUUCCUCUUCUCUGGCUCAUCACGGCGACGAGCUGCGCAGCCGCCUCCUCCCCCGCGGAGGCCCCGGGGGACGGGGAGGGUGAGUCCGGCUCCGGGAUGCUGCGGACAGAUGAGGUGAACAUUCUGCAGGAGCUUUCUCUUCAGGUGUCCGACGCCAGCAACGCCUCCAUGAGGGUGGAGGACAGCCGGUGUCCAGUCCUGCAGGUGGGACAGUACUCCACCCUGGCCCUUCCCCUGCGACAGCUCUUCCCUGACGGGUUUGCGGAUGCGUUCAGUUUGCUGGUGCAGCUGCGGAGUCCUCAGACGGAAGAGCGCAGCGUCUUCACCAUGCUCGGCCGCGACAGCCACGUCGCGCUGCAGCUGCGGAUCAGCGCCCACGCCGUCAUCUUCGCGGCAACGCAGCAACGACACUACGAGUUCCCGGUCAGCAGCCUGUCUGAUGGAAAGUGGCACCACGUGGCCGUCAGCGUGUCGGCCAAGCGGCUGGCGGUGUACGUGGACUGUUCCCUGCUGGAGAGCGUGGACUGGGUGCACCACGGCCUGGGGAUCAGCACCGACGGGCUGCUCAUGGUCGGGGGCAUCAUCGAGGGUUUCGAGACUCCGUUUGAAGGUCGUCUCCGACAGCUGACCUUCCUGAUGGACGACCCAGACGCCGCCCGGCAACACUGCAGCCUCCACCCGCCCCGCUGCGGCGCCUCGGCCCCCAAGCCUCCUCCCCGCUCCCCGCGCACCGACAACAUGCUGGAGAACAUACUGCUGUCCUCGAACGACCUGGAGGACUUGCUGGGCGACCCCGAGGACCGCACGUCCUCCAGACUCGGCAGAACUAAUAUGUUCCUGCGCCGGGGGAGCACUCGAGGGGACGGGACGAUGCUCUCAGGGCCCAAUCGAAAAGGCUCAGUGGUCCGUGGGGACGUCUUCGUCGUGGACGAGGACACGGACCUGUUGGACCCCAUCUUCCAAAAUGGCGGGUAUGUUGACCCCCAGAGGAAGCCCUCCAGAAACGGAGGCAACCAGAAGGGGAAGCCUGAAAUGUCGUCCAAACAUUUGGAGGAGAACAUUACCACAGAGAAGCGGACGGCCGAGAGUGACAGGACGUCAUCGCUGUUCCCUGGGAAACCCUCCGAAGACAUCAUUGACCUGGACACGGGCGACGCGCCCAAGAAGCCCUCGGCGGGGUCUCCCGUACUUCCCAGGAACCCCUCAUCUCCCAACAGGACAUCCACAGACUCCGGCCAACUUAGGGAGGAGACGGAUGAUCCGACCAGGACUGUCUCGUCUACGCCUCGUAUCGAAGUCCCCAUGCGGAGCACCACUCGUAGAGCAGAGCACCAUGUCAAACAUCUGGACAGGGAGCGUCCUGGCACCGUGACCAUCGUGUCCGUCGACGGUGACCUGGUCCGGGGCUCGGAUGGGAAAAUGUACCGGCUGCAGAGGGGACCGGCAGGCCGGAUGGGUCCUCCAGGGCCAGAAGGCUGUCCUGGUGAACCUGGCCUCCUUGGGUUUAAAGGUGAUAAGGGUAAAACGGGCCUCGAAGGCCGUUCCGGAAAAAAGGGGGAACCGGGACCUCCCGGACCGGCGGGGUUACCAACCCUCUACCUGUGGAGGAAUACUGCUGAGGAGUGGGCUGCCUUCCAGCAAACCAAUUUCUACCAGUUGCUUCGUUCCGGUUGGCCUAGUAAAGAAGGUCCCGGAGGACCACCGGGAGAGAUGGGCAAGCCUGGCAUCCCGGGGCCCGCCGGCGAACAUGGGCAGCGUGGACGACCGGGGAUCCCAGGAGAGAUGGGUGAUCAGGGGCCCAGGGGCCCUCCCGGUCGAGUCGGGGCCCCGGGAAGAGACGGUGAAAAUGGAGAAGACGGUCAGCCCGCGGCACCCGGUGCUCCUGGAUUACCAGGCCUCUGGGGACACAGGGGAGAGCGAGGGUCCAAAGGGGAAAAGGGUGAUGAGGGUCUCGAUGGCCUCAAAGGUCCAAGAGGGGGAAUCGGUGAACCUGGAGAGAAGGGCUCAACUGGUUUACCUGGACGACGUGGUCUUGUCGGCCCACCAGGGCCUCAUGGGAGCCGGGGUGGCUACGGUCCAGAGGGGCCCUGUGGGCCUGAUGGGGACAACGGACUGGACGGCCUCCCAGGUCCGCCAGGGCCCACGGGUGCGCCAGGUUUUACCGGACGUGUUGGUGCUCAAGGAGUCAACGGAUCAAGGGGGGACAUGGGACCUGCUGGCACCGUUGGCCCCAAAGGCCCACAGGGGCCUCCAGGUUUAGAGGGACAGAUCGGACCUCAGGGACUCAGAGGGCCCCAAGGACAUUCAGGAAUGAGCGGCGCUCCCGGCUCUAAAGGAGAUCCCGGGCCUGUGGGGCCCAUGGGAGAACGGGGGGAUCCCGGCUUCGAGGGGCCCAUGGGCUCUCCGGGGCAACAAGGUCCUACGGGUUUUGGCGGAGUAACGGGUAACAGGGGACCAGACGGGGACAAGGGGGACCCGGGCCCCAAAGGCAACAAAGGUUUUCAGGGGGCAGCGGGCAUUAGGGGUCCUCAGGGAGAGAGGGGCCCCACUGGCUUCCCAGGUUUCCAAGGGGCCACUGGCCAGCCGGGCUCCACAGGCACUCAGGGCACAAAUGGAGAAACGGGCCCUCAGGGAAAACAAGGCAGCCGGGGGUUAAAGGGGAAUCGAGGACACGAUGGACGUAACGGAAAACCAGGACCCAGAGGGAACAAGGGUCUGAUUGGACAGAGGGGCCACACUGGUCAACCGGGCCCAUCGGGUUUGCCGGGGCCUCCGGGACCAGGGGGAGCAGAAGGAAAGCCUGGUACACAGGGUCCCUCGGGUGCAACGGGCCCCGCCGGCAGUGAAGGACUGACGGGUUUUCAAGGAGUAGUCGGGGAGACGGGAGCGGACGGCCCUACAGGUUCUCUGGGGCCACCAGGAAAGACAGGACCCCCAGGCUUACCGGGGCCCCCGGGAGAGAGGGGUUUCACAGGGAAGCCCGGCGUGGAGGGACCUCAGGGCCCUGUAGGCAUGUAUGGUAUCCAGGGGAACGUGGGAAUGCGUGGGCCUGUGGGAUUCAUAGGAGAAAGGGGGGAGCCGGGUUUACGAGGUUUGCCCGGACCUGUUGGGAAAUCAGGACCUGCAGGUCGGUCAGGUCCUCCUGGAGAGAAGGGACUCCGGGGGCCACAGGGCCGACCUGGAGAUGAAGGACACAAAGGGAUUCAGGGCCCAGAAGGCCCCCCAGGUGUUCCAGGUGCCAAUGGGGCAAAUGGAAAACCUGGACCCAGGGGAAGCAUCGGGCCCCCAGGACCUCAGGGGCCACAGGGGUCAGCAGGAAUCCCAGGGCCAAGUGGCGAUGAUGGGCUGCUAGGAGCCGCAGGGAAAAGAGGACACAAGGGUUUACCUGGUUCACCUGGUGAUGCCGGCCCCACGGGACAAGAUGGAGAACAGGGUCUCCCUGGCCAAACAGGCACCGAGGGCUCCCCGGGACGGAAAGGAGACCAGGGCGACUCGGGCCCUUGUGGGAAGCCUGCUCCUCCGGGGCCCCCAGGCGAGCGAGGACUUGAGGGCCCAAAGGGCCUCCAGGGACCAGCUGGACUCGUGGGUAAAGAGGGUGACGUCGGCCUUCCUGGUGAAGCUGGAGGUCCAGGUCCCGAUGGAGAGAAGGGGGAGGUGGGGCCUCUGGGUUUGUCAGGUCGAGAGGGCCCCUGGGGAGCCCUCGGAGCAAACGGAGACAGGGGGCCGAAGGGAGAGAAGGGCCACAUUGGACUAAUGGGGGAACCGGGGCUGAUGGGUAAAGUGGGACCUGCAGGUCUGGUGGGGUUACAGGGACUCACAGGCCUUCGUGGAUCAGCGGGACCAGACGGACUUCAGGGACAGAAGGGGGAGUCUGGGCCCUUAGGAAUUACUGGAGCUCCCGGGUCGGGAGGCCCUCAGGGAAUAAUUGGAGCACGUGGCAUCAGAGGCGACGCAGGGAGGCUGGGGCCACCUGGUCCAGUGGGACAAUUCGGACCUCAGGGAGACCAGGGACAUAAAGGGGAACCGGGGCCACAUGGAGAGAAGGGAGAGCCAGGAGCCCCAGGUCCGACAGGGGAACAGGGUGAGGACGGUCUGCCCGGAAUCCAAGGUCCUCCAGCUCUCCCGGGCUUCGAGGGGCCUCCUGGAGAGAUGGGACCCCAGGGGCUCCCAGGUCCCACGGGGGCUCCGGGAGCGCAGGGACGACCAGGACCCGAGGGGAAGAACGGCAUGAAUGGCGAGAAGGGGGACGAUGGCACGAAUGGUUCACCGGGGAAGACGGGUCACGUCGGCAGGAGGGGGAAACGGGGGAAGGCUGGAGCCAGGGGGACCAGGGGCGACAGAGGACCAAAGGGCGAACAGGGAAAGAGAGGCCUGGAAGGUGUUCCCGGGUGGCCGGGUCUCAUAGGAAUCCCCGGGUUACGGGGAGAGUCGGGGGAUCACGGUGAAAAGGGAAAGGAGGGUGAGAAAGGAGACAUGGGGCUGCCUGGACCACCUGGAGGCGAUGGCACGAAGGGGAUUCGCGGCCCUGUUGGGUUGCCAGGUCCAGAAGGCCAUAAGGGAGAGCAGGGGAGUAUUGGUUUUCCCGGUCUGAGGGGGACGCCAGGGACGCCAGGGCUGCCUGGUCUGUUUGGAUUUAAGGGUUUUAAAGGAUACCAAGGUUCUCCUGGUCAGCCUGGCAGGAAGGGCCUCCCGGGUCCUCCGGGCGUUCCUGGACCUUCAGGACAGUCUCUCAACUUGACCUUGAGUCAACUCAAGGACCUGAUGUACGUGUCCGAUAGGCCCAACUACUUCCUGCUCCAGACUCUGCUGGAGUCUCUGCAGCAGGACCUCCGGCUGCUGGUGGAUCCUCCUGACGGCAGCAAGGAGCGUCCCGCCACCACCUGUCUGGAGCUCAGGCUCUGUCACCCAGAGUACAGCAGCGGAAUGUAUUACAUCGAUCCCAACCAGGGCAGCUCGGCCGAUGCUCUGCUGGCCUACUGCAGCUUCUCAUCCGCAUCGACGCAGACCUGCCUUCAUCCUCGGGACUCUCAGCUGCCCAUGAAAACUUGGAUGAAGGAGUUUUCCGAGGAAGGAUCUUUCGUGUGGCUCAGCAGGCUGGAGCAGGGCUUCCAGUUCUACUAUCCAGGUGCUAACGUGGUGCAGAUGCGUUUUCUGAGGCUGCACAGCAGCACCGCCGCGCAGAACGUGACGUACUCCUGCCACCCGGGACACAGACUGGGCCAGACGGACACGGACAUCAAGUUCCUCACCGACAGCAGGAGGCAGAGUUACCUCGGAGCAGUCAAAGACUGUGUGCCCGGAGAGGAGGCGGUGUCCGUUGCCCGUGAGUCCGUGUUCGAGUUCGAGGACCUGCAGCUGCUCCCCCUGAGAGACUUGGCGCUGAUGGCCGGUGGAAACCUCACGUUCCCGUUCGGCUUCACAGUCGGACCCGUGUGUUUCAGCUAGAGCUGCUGGAAAACGCUGCGCCGCCCCCAGAGGGGUCCCACAGGGGGGUCCCACAGGUCCGGGACACACGCACCGGACCACGGUUCGAAAAACACGGACACCGAGAGGAGCAACUGGAACACACACUGUAUCCUCCCAACGUCGAAGGACUCCUCGUCCUUUUCCUCUUGUAUUCGGGGAUUUGAUCUCUCAAGUUGAGUGACUCCAUAUUAAUGAAUUUGAGAGGGCGCGCGGGGCCCCCGGCCUUUUCUUUUUACGGAGAAGUCCAUUUUGUUUACAGAGACAUUUAACUUGCAUUGAAUAAUUUAAAAAACCUAUGUUGUUUUUUUUAACCUUUAUACGUGUUUGCCUUUUGUGAUGUAUUCAGGGCUUCUGUUAUAGCCUGCCCAUUGUGUAUAGAAAAAAAGUCAGGCUGCCCCGAACAAUGUGUUCCGGAUGGGGACACAGCUACUUUACUGUCGUCCCAUUGGCCAGUGAUUCUCUCACUGGACAUCCACUACUUUAGAAACUUUCUCAAGUUGCAAAUCAAGUUUUAUUUGAAAGACCCAAAUUUUAUUUAAUUCUAAGAACAAUAAAAAAAAAAGGGGGCCAGUCUUUUUUAUCUCAUACAUACUUGAUACAAUUCCUCAUUUUCUUUAAAAUAAAAAGCAGCGUUUAUCGUUUUUACAGUUUCAUAUAAUUGUAUGUUCUUUUAACAACUCAGGUAUAAUACUUUAAUGAUAUAUAUAGAUAUAUAUAUAUAUAUAUAUAUAGACACAUGGGCACUUAAGCUGAUGUUCCCACAGCAUGUUGGUCAGUUUUGUAGUUCAGCAUUAUCACAAGACAAACGAUGAGAAUAAAUCCACAACGGGACCAAAAGCAACAGUGAUUUGAUUUUCUUAUCAAGUAUUCCCUGUGAAGACAAAAGCCUGAAACAUAUUACUCCUCUGUUCCACGGAGCUACUUUGCUUUCCAGUCUCAUCCACACCGUCCUGCUACCGACUAUAGUGAGUCGAGCACUGGACAUGUGGAGAGGUGCAGCUCAAAAUGAGUCCGCAGCAAAGGCUUUGGUCUGUUUGUGAUGUUUGCUAAAGACCACAGUGCCCAGCUGUUAUAGGAAACCAAACAAUAUUCAAGAGUUUUAAAGAUUUUACAUUUUCAAGACGGAACAGAUGGUCUUGAGGAAAAGGUUCCACUGACAUGUCGGGGAGGUGAGAAGGUAUUCACAGCUGGACCUGCACAUUGUUGGUUUUGGUCUUUUAAUUUUAUUUGCUGUCAAUAAGAAAACAAUUUGACAACGCCGGCCUUAUCCUGUCAAGGAUCCAUCGUUUCUACCAUUGGUCAUCUUUUGGUUUUAAACAAUAAAUAAAAUUAGCAGCAUCCUAGUAAAAUUGCCACCGUCUGCAUUAAGCCAAUCACAAACAGAUCCCUGGAACACCUGAGAGUGUUAGACGUUCAUCACCCAGUCAGAAUGUCAACAGAGAACGAUAAAUCGAUAAAAAGAACCCAAUGCCAGACUAAAAAAUUGAAGGAACACUAUGACAUUUCAAUCUGGUCUUCGAGGUCCUUUUUCCUCCCAUUUCCAUGAAGGUCCAUAAAAUUCUUUAACAAUGGAAAUUUUCAAGUGCCUUAAGGAGAAUCUCUCUUAUUGUCGUUAUUCUCAGACUGGAGCAGCCAGAGCAAACAGUUCCACCCGUUUCCUCACGGAACAAUACUGUAUUUCUUUCACUGUACUGUAAAGAUCACGCAUCAGAUUGGCUGUAUAAAGUGCAAGUGCAAGAGACGCAGCCCAUGUUACAGCUGCGUGGCUUCUUUGACCCCUGGUGCCCGUUACUACCCACUUAGCAUUGAGUAAUUGCCGUUGGCCUGAAUUUCUGCUUCACUUAAUCUGCAAAGUGCUUGUGUCCGGAGAAAGAUAAAAAAGGAAGAAGCAAGGGCUCGUAGCUUCUCAGCAGAAUCAGGAUUGUGUCCCACAGCCGCUCAGCAGCGAGUGAAGUAGUUUGGUUGUGCAGUCUGCAGGGAAGUAGAGGAAACAGCAAAGUCUACCUGCCUCGUCAAAACGGAAGCUCUGCCACUGCUAUCUCAUUAAUCCUAUCGUCAACCAGAUGAAUUAAAAGUUUAAGGUUUUUAGCCGAUAGUCUUCAAAUUCUGGCCUGGUGUAUAUUUUUCAAAUGUUUCCUUUUUUGUAUUUUUUUGAUUCGUCAUAUCAUCAUUCCAUAUGAUUGCCUUAGCUGGCUGAGACUGAUCAUGAUUGUUUACUUGUGUUGUACAAAUUGUCAUUUAAAAAGAAGAAGAAAAAGAAAAUGACAUGCUGGACAUCUGUGUUGCGUGAUCCCUUCGUCAGCUCAUCCAAAGACUUGUGUCAGCUGAAUAAAAUAAAAAAGACAUAACCAA